CUGGUAAAUGUAACUGCAAAAGUUCUUGCCUUAACCCAUUUGUGAAUACAUAUUUUUUAACUGUACACCUUUGUGGAAAAGAUUUACAAACUGCCUAGCAGCUUUGGAGAGCAGGUUCUGCCAGCAUAAGCUCUCCGUAUGCAGCACACUUAAAAGACAUGCCUUUGCUACGAAAGUGCAAUCAUCAACAUCUACCUGUUAUACAUAUGCUUUCCUUGUUUUCGUCGCAGCCCAUCAUUUCACCCCUAAAUUACCAAAGGUCUUGCAUAUAAUCUAGGCUAUCUUCAGAAAAUUUUGCAGACAAAUUCAGCUUAUUAGGCAUGUGUUCCGCAGAGAAAAGAUAAUUAGAAGCUGGGAAAAAAAAAAGUUUGCGUAGGCACAUUCUUCAGUUUUUUUAAAGCUUUUGGACCCUUAUGAAAACUUGAAGCUAUUGUUGUACCAGAAAAGUUGGAUCUAAAUGCGACGUUGAAGCGGAGAGGGGAAAGCAGUAUUCAUCUGCGAAGAUUUUCUUUCAAGCUUUGUUAUCAGGGCCGUAACAUUCCCUUGGGCUGUUUUCACUUCCAAGAAAAUGAAGGUGAAGUUAGUAGCUUGUCUUUUUCUUGUUUUGGAAUCUUUAAUGCUGGCCGGGCAAAUUACUACUUUAGUGAGCACUUAUUGGACAUCGUGGGAUCUGAGAUUUAAUUGGACACAGAGCUUGAAAUAUUCCAGGAAUUCACCAACAGAUGGUCAGCUUGUGUCUCAAGGUCAUGCUGGUCUUUGGUCCAGAUGCUUCAGAGUUUAUGACACAAGUCGCAAUGAUCCGUCUGCAUUAAGUUUUAACUGCUUAAACAACUACAACAUGUCAGGGGGACCGAUGCGGUUUUCAUUCGGAAAAGCUUGCAAAACAGCUACCGCAGCAUUAUGCCUGGGAGAUUCUUUGAUGAUAUUUGCUGUAUUGAUCAUAGUGCUGGUAUCACUAUUUAAAUCAAAUUCUCGUUGCUAUAUUAAAGCAAUACUGGUGUUACUACUUUUACAAGGUCUCAUUUGCUUCGCUAUUCCUCUGGUUUAUCUGUCGGGUAAUAUGUCUGAGCUCAUUGAUCAACUGAGCGGCGCCUAUGGUCUCCUGCAAAUCGUUGAAAUGUCGCCUGGCUACACACACGACUGGGCUUUCUGGACGCAGGUCGGAUUAUUUGCUAUAUGGAUUGUGGCAGUUGAUGUUUUUAUGCUAUUAUACAGCUUCACAUAUGCUUUGAGUUGUCCUAAGUCUACAAGAUCCGCAAAUGGCAGAAAUGAAAAAGGUGACAGCACGGAGUUGGAAACAUUAAGAAGCUGAAGAACCACUAAGAAAUUUCAGGAGGAAAAAAAUAAUUAUGAUCUCUCAAGUGUUGGUAGAAGUUGCUGUUUAUUUCUGGUAGUGCAAGAAUUUUUUGUAGAUGGAGAUUUCAUUUUUUUACGGGUGCUCUCAUGAGACUUUCAAAUUUAUUGCAUUUAUUAUAAAAGUCCUUUGUAGUCCCAACUUUCAUCAAAGCAUUGUAUUUAUACUCAUUUAAUGGAGAUUUCAUAACCGACCGAUAUUCACAGCACGUAGGUUGAGUGAAUAAAAGUCUCCAUACAUUUACAUGA